AUGGCAUCAGCAAAUAUAUCAAAUAAAAUAGAUGGAUGGCAGGUAAAUAUGAAUACAUGCCCCUCAUCGGAACAUAAUGCUAUAGACUUCCUUUUAAAACUUAAUAUUGACACGUUACAUCGAAAAAAGAAAUUCACGACUUACAGAUACAGCAACAAAAAUGCUGAUUGGUCCACAUUUUGUAAUCAGAUAAAAAUGGCAAUGGAAAAGGAACAGUUAACAACUAAAAACAUAGAACUUUUCAACGUACAGGACAUAGAUAAUUAUGUUAAGGACAUAACAAAAGUAUUUAAACAUAAAGGAAUACCUAAAACAUAUAUUCCAUGGUGGAAUUCUGAACUAGAAACACUUAACCUUGGCGUAAUUAAACUGCAUCACAUAAUCCAAGCAAUGAAGCGUAGCCGGAAACCACUAUACCGUGUAUUACUGGAAAGAAAACAAUUAAAACAAGAAUAUUUGGACGAUAUUAGGAAAGCAUCCACAGAGCAUUUUAAGGAAUUUCGUAACAAACAAGGCAAAGAAGAUGUCUGGUCGUUAACAAAUAGGCUUUUAAAGAAUUCUCCACAACCUGUGCUUCCAUCUACAAUCCGAGUAACUCCAGCAAACUUCACCACAACAUCUAAAGAAACGGCUUAUGUUCUCCUAAAUAAGUUUUAUCCUAAUGACACAGAAGAUGACACGGAAAAACAAAAGCUACUUAGACAAAGUGUGUAUUAUGAACAAAAUACCUCAGAUGAUCGUUUCUUUACAGAAGAAGAAGUAAUCGACUGUCUCAAAACAAUCAGUCCGAAUAAAGCUCCAGGAUCCAACCAUCUAACCGCGGAUAUUUGCUUCGCAUUCACAACAAUAUAUAAAACCGCCACAGAUAAACUACUAAACCGAUGUUUUGAAAUAUCCUACUUUCCAAAGCAAUGGAAAAUUGCACAUGCCAUCAUACCUCCCAAAUUUUAUAAAUCAGACUACUCCGAUCCUUCCUCUUAUCGCCCUAUUGGUCUUAUAAAUGUAAUCUGA